AUGGAGGGAAGCACAGUGUCCGACUUCAGCAUCGAGCGCAUCCUGUCCCCGCACUUCGGACGCAGACCUCCGGCCAAGGACUUCUCUCCGGGCCGGUUCCUCCAGCAGGUCGCGGCCGGGGGCCUGUGUCCGUGCCCCGGGUGCCUGCGGCCUCCAGCCCCGGUCCCGGUCCCGGCCUCCAGCUGCCUGCAGUUCGGGGGGAUGAGCUUCGGGGACACGUGUUAUUACGGAUCUGGGAUCAGCAGGUUCUAUCCCAGCUCCGCGGUGUGGGUCCACUUCAGCAGCAGUGAGUCCGGAGUGGAUGCUCAGCCGUCGCCUGGUUACCACGGGCACGCUCACUCCAGCGUGCCCGCGCAGCCGCCGCCGCCGCGCCAGAAGGCCCGGAUGAGGACGGUGUUCACCGAUACUCAGACCAAACACCUGGAGGCGCUGUUCCACAUCACCGACUACCCGGCGGUGGAGGCGCGAGCCGGGGUGGCGAGGAGCACGGGCCUGAGCGAGGAGACGAUCCGGGUUUGGUUUAAGAACCGAAGAGCCCGAAGGAAGAGGCAGCACAGCGGGUCAAAGGUCAAAUCAUCUUAA